AUGUCAUCAACAAGGUCCAAGCUGCCACUACUCCUCUUUGGGCUCCUACUGUGCAGCUCCUUUGCUCCUCUCCCAGUUAUCAGCAGUAAGAGACAAACCAUACAGAGUGCUGUCUCAUUGGUUCAGGCUACCAGUCUCUCCUUGGACAAGAGGGAGGUGACAGCCAGAGAUGGAGAAUACCUACUGGGCAUCAAAAGACUGAGAAGGCUGUAUUGUAAUGUAGGCAUCGGCUUCCACAUUCAAGUUCUACCAAACGGGAAGAUCACAGGCGUGCAUAAUGAAAACAGAUACACCCUUCUAGAAAUUUCCACUGUGGAGAGAGGAGUGGUGACCAUGUUUGGGAUGAGGAGUGGUUUCUUCGUUGCCAUGAGCCACAAAGGCAAACUUUAUGGCUCGGGCAACUACAAUGAUGAAUGCAAGUUUAAGGAGAAGCUCCUGGCCAACAAUUAUAAUGCCUAUGAAUCUGUUGCUUACCCUGGCAUGUACAUUGGCAUCAGCAAGACUGGCAAAACCAAGAGAGGCAACCGUGUCACCACCAACAUGACUAUGACACACUUCCUUCCGAGGAUAUGAAUAGAAAGAUCAAUACUCAGUACAGAUAAACUAAACUAAACAGACAAAGAUAACACUCUACACAAAACUUAAACAUG